CAGCCGUCUUCUGUCAGCAACAGCUACAGAACAUUGUAUCUGGACUGUAUUCCAUGGGCUGAUUAAUCAAUCCACUUGUACCAUCAUGCAGUUCGCAACAUGGCGCUUUUUGGCCGCUCUGGUGUCGCUGGUAGGCGGGCUUGUCGCGCACAGCAUGGCCGGUGACGGAGACGGCACCUGUCUCAUGUACCUCACAGGGCAACAUGAUGUGAUUCCGGACGACAAGGCCCUCACUGAUCCAAUUACCCAUGUGGCCCUUGCCUUCAUGCGGUCAGGCCUGUUCCUGGAGUCGAACCGUACCGAGUGGCCCAGUGAUCGAAGCGUGGGCUCAGCACGCGCCGCCUUUGCCCCGGGCACCAAGAUAUUGGUGGCCAUCGGCGGCUGGGGCGAUACCGACUUCUCCAUUGCGGCACGCGAUGAGAGCUCGAGAAAGUCAUUCGCCCAGAAUGUGGCCCGGAUGGUAGAAGCGACCGGUGCUGACGGCGUUGAUAUUGAUUGGGAGUACCCAGGCGGGAAUGGUGAGGACUACAAGCAGGUUCCAAACUCAGACAAAGAGUGGGAAAUCGAGGCCUACCCGCUGCUGCUCGGCGCCCUCCGCUCCGCCUUGGGGUCCUCCAGGUUGAUCACAGCUGCAGUUCCUGGUCUGGAGCGGGACAUGGUUGCAUUCCGUGGCAAUAUCGCACACAUCGAGCCCCAUCUGGACUUUGUCAAUGUGAUGACCUACGACCUUAUGAACCGGCGAGACCAAGUCACGAAGCAUCAUUCGAGCAUCGCAGGCAGCCGCGAUGCAAUCAAGACAUACAUAGCCGACGGCAUGCCGCCUAAGAAGAUCAACCUCGGGCUUGGCUUCUACGUCAAGUGGUUCAAGGUCGACAAGCAGGACUGCGACAACGCCAGGACGCCUGUUGGGUGCAAGACCUUGUUGCUGGAGGACCCCGUCACGGGCGGGGAUCUUGGACGAGCGGGUGCGUUCUCGUGGCAUGAUGAGGUGCCUGGGGACAUGAAGGCUUCUUUUGGGCGGGCGCUCUCGAAUCGCAAGUAUGACGAGGAUGAGGGAGCCACUUAUUACUACGACUCUGAGGAGGCCAUCUGGUGGACGUUCGAUGACCCCAAGAGCAUCACGAGCAAGGUCGAACAGUUGAACAGGGAGCUCAACGUGCGUGGGACAUUUGCUUGGGGGUUGGGUGAGGACGCACCGGACUUUACUCGCCUGGAGUCACUGAUUGAAGCUGUGAAAACGGACAAUGGUCUGGAGAGGGACGAGCUGUAGCCAGUGAGGCCUGCGAGCGGCGGCAGCGGCGAGAGCUUUGUACCAGUUCCGCAUGCAACAGGCGUGUGUCCGGCUGAUCAAGUAGUACAGUGCAUCAGAGAACUGUUGGAACUGAGAGAUCCCUUUUCUGUUCGUCUGGUUUCAGAGCCUAUUGUUUAGGAGUGAAAACAGAAAGAAGGUUAGAACACGGGCUGAAAAAUAG